CGACGUUCCUCGCUCCAGCUCAGUGUAUAAAAGAGAACCGAAGAGUUCAGACGCGCCGUGUGAAAAAAUGCUCUGACAAUGCCGGCGUAUAGUGACCUGGAGGGCCGUCCCGGCGCCACCCGCUCCUGCCGCCACCUUUUGGCCGCCAUCGCCGUCGUGGCCUUCGCCUGCGGCCUCACGCUCGGCGUCGCGUUCGCGCUCUGGUGCCUCAAGCCGCUCGAGACCGUCUCGGAGGCGGCCAUCAGGAGCGUCUUCGUCAACAACAGCAACAACUUCGUCUCGUUCAUCGACAACGUGGGCGAGGUGGUCACGGGCGGCGUCUACUGGGGGCGGCGCGUGGAGGCCGCCUUGCCCGCCGGCUACCGCCGCCAGCAGCGCCGCUGGACGCACCACCUCCAGGCCAACGUGGGGGUGAAGCUGGAGCGCGGCUGCGGCAGGAUGCAAAACCGGCUGUUGGUCCUGGGGGACGGCACCAAGGGCUGUGUGCGCUACCGCCAGAACACCGACCAGAUCCAGGGCGAGCUCUUCAGCUACUACCUGGGGCAGGUGCUCCAGCUGCCGAACCUGGCCCCCAGCUGCGUCAGCGUCGUGGACCUGGAGCAGCCGCUCUGGAAGGGGGUGGCGGGGGACGUGGCCAAGGCCCAGUGGAGUGCGAAUAAGCCGGUGGUGGUGACACAGUACAUCGAGAAUCUGCUCCCUGCCGCCAUCCCCCAGGUGUUCAAGCCCAACGAGCGGCACUUGAACAAGUUUGACGUGCUCAACGUGUCGUCGAAUCUCCCGGAGGAGGAGCAGUUGCGCGUUUUCGUGGAGUUGGCCCAGUGGUCGGACCUGAUCAUCUUCGACUAUCUGACGGCGAACCUGGACCGCAUCGUCAACAACUUGUACAACUACCAGUGGAAUGUGAACAUUAUGGACGCCCCGGCCCACAAUCUGGCCAAGCGGGCCGAUACGGACCUGUUGGUGUUUCUGGACAACGAGAGUGGGCUUUUGCACGGUUACAGACUGUUGAAAAAGUACGAGGUUUAUCAUAAUUUGCUGCUGGAGAAUUUGUGCGUGUUUCGGAAGAGCACAGCCGAUGUGAUUAAGAGACUGAGGGAGAAAAGGGACGUGGGGCGGCUGCUGAGAGACUUGUUCGAGCAGAAUAGUGACGUUGUCAAGGACUUGCUGCCGAUGUUGCCUGACAAAAGUGUCAAAAUCCUCAACGAACGAAUCGACAAAGUUUACGGACAGAUUGUCAAGUGUGAGGCGAUGUUCGCUGAUGAAACGUAGCGGAAUGUUUACUUAUUUAUUUUUUUAUUUAUUUGUGCCGAAAUGUGAUAGAUGAAUCUAGUAGUCGGUCGUGUACAGUGUGAUCAAUGUAAAUAUGUACGUAGUUUCUGUAAAUUUCUGUAAAUAUGCGACGGAACUAAUAAAACAACUUUACAUUUU